CCUUGACCAGGUAGCUUCCACCGCGACCAGCUCCACCAUCUCGCGUCAUCUAUUCGCAUACCCUUUCACCCUCGCGUAUUUCGCGCGCAUCCGUUAGACAAACGAAGCAUCCGUUUUGCGCAUAUCUCGCGCCCACCAUGGCGUUACAUAGCUCGUCCGUGCCUGCGACCAACGAGUACGCGGGAGACGAAGUCUCCGCCGUCGUACUCGACCCCGGCUUUUCUUCCACUCGCGCAGGCUUCGCGGGAGAGGAUGUCCCCAAGUCUGUCCUACCGACUUAUUAUGGCGUGCGCGAAGACCUUAUCACUCCCGUUUUCGGCGAGAACGCGAUACACAAUCCUUCUUCAAACCUGGAGAUCCGUAACCCCUGGUCCACCGAGGGCGUAGUGGAAGACUGGGAUACUGCUGUCAAGCUAUGGGAGUACGCAAUUACUUCGCGCCUGACCGGCGCAAAACCUACGAACCCGGCAAACAACGGUCUUAACGAAGCCUUGGAUGGCGAGAUGGAUGUCGACAUAAAGGAGUCUGUGGUUCUUGAGAAGCCGCUCGAGGGUUCACCGUUGCUCAUGUCUGAGCCUGGGUGGAGCUCGCAGAAACACCGGGAGAAGUGCAUUGAGGUUGCCAUGGAGGACUGGGGCGCUCCGGCGUUCUAUAUUGCUAAAAACGGAGUUCUUGCGGCAUUCGCAUCCGGUAAGCCCACCGCUUUGGUCAUCGACGUAGGUGCUGCGACCACCUCGAUCACGCCUGUUGUAGAUGGCAUGGUCAUCAAAAAGGGUGUGAUGAAGUCACCUCUUGCGGGCAACUUCAUCUCAAACCAACUUCGGUUGACCUUUGCCCAAUCGCAACCUCCGGUCCCACUGACACCGCACUAUGUGGUUGCAUCAAAGACUCCAGUAGAGGCUGGAGCUCCUGCCCAAGCCGUUUACAAGGAGUUUGCCAAGCCGCCGACUGCAUCGUUCCGCAAAAUGGAGGAAGAGCGUGUGCUUACGGAGUUCAAGGAGUCCGUGGUGCAGGUUUGGGGCGGACCAGGCAGACUGACUGGAGCCAACGAGGAGAUCGCGAGGAACUCUCCUGGCAGGCCGUUCGAAAUGCCUGAUGGAUGGAACCAAGUCUUCGGUGCGGAACGGUUUAAAGCAGCGGAGGGUUUGUUUGAUGCCAAGGCUGCACUGAUUGAUGCCGACAAUCCGAGACCUCGCGACGAGCAGACCAUUUCCCAGCUCGUUAUCCAGUCUCUUGGUCAAGUUGAUGUGGAAGUGCGCCCUGCGUUGCUCGCGAACAUCGUGGUUACUGGCGGAUCUUCUCUCUUGUACGGUUUUACCGAUCGCCUGAAUUUGGAGUUGGCACAAAUCUAUCCUGGUCCUAGGAUCAGGCUGCAGGCACCGGGCAAUACGGUGGAGCGCAAAUACGCCAGCUGGAUUGGUGGUAGCAUUCUUGGUAGCCUGGGUAGCUUUCAUCAGCUGUGGGUCAGCAAAAAGGAGUACGAGGAGCAUGGUGCAAGCAUUGUCGAGAAGCGUUGCAAGUAAAGGUAAUGAGCGUGGAUGGCCAUGCGUGGAGAUUGCAAUUGUGGUUAGUAAAAGGGGAAAGUCCGAGAACAACCAAGAGCUUGAAUGCAUUUAAUUUGCAAUGCCUAGUUGACUUCAUUCCGUCCG